AAUUAAUCCACUGAGAUCGAUCCUGUCUGUGGGGCCUAAAGCGCUGCUGGAGACCGAAAGCUGGUGAAGACAUCCACGCGCUGCGGUGAACCACCAGGCCGAUACCUAAUCGCAGCGGCGGUUUAUGUCCGACCUGGACCGCGAGCUCCGAGACAACCUACGCCGCGCGCGCGCGCGGCGCAGGACGCGCGCGAUAACGAUAACACUACGCGCGCGUCAAGCACGACGCAAAGCGCUCAAACCGCUGCUCAGACAACUCCUCGUCCGGGACCCCUACAAUUUACCAGCGGAGCUGCUACCGCACAUCCUGACUUGGGUCGGCUACGACCUGAUCCACAACUUUCCGGGGGAAUAUUGCUACCAGAGAGACGAGUUGUGGCCGGAGUCGGACUCGGAGUCGGAGUCCGACUCUGGAGCCAUUGAACCCUAUCCGUACGGUAUAAAUUAAAUGGCCGACGCGGGCGCACGCCGCCGCCGGCUCGUCCUCACGGACGCGGUGCGCGACGGCCACUUGGCAAUAUUUGUGAAGCGAGAAGUGCAGGCCGGCGUCCUGGCGCUGCAGAACGGCGAGAAUCCGCCGGCGCUCGUGGCCGUGGCGAUUGGGACGUUCUUACUCGUAUCUUCAGUGGCGUUCUUCGUCUUCGGCGUCGCGCUCAUGCUGACCUGGGUCUUCGUCUGCGGGGCGUUCCUGGCCGUGACCCUCGGCGGUGCUGAUGGCCUCAAUGUCUUCUGCCUAUUGAUGUACAUGAUGGCGAUAUUCUUAUGGGGGAACGUCAAGCUCUUCCACGCGGGCGUCCGGGCCUUGGGCGCGCGACUCUCACAUUUCCUCUUCCACGUGGGUCCUGAAGCGCGCCGGCCCGCGGCCGGCACGUCGGACGACCCGGUCAUGGUCUUCGACGAAGACGAGGGCAAGCGCGUCGACCACCCGAUCGAGGUCGGCUGAUAAGAGAACUAC